GGCCGCCAUUAAAGAAAGGAAUCCAUGAAUUCAAAUGGAAACCAACAGGAACCGAGGCUGAAAUAAUGACCGAAAUAAUCGUUAAAAUAUAGGCCGAUGGCAAAUUUCGAGAGGCUUCCACAGGAUGUAUUUCGUUUUUAGACUCAUUUUUGCGAUGGAGGAAUAAGGCAGGACGUCUUUAUUUUUUUAAGCAGAGACCGUUUUAGGGCUAAGGGGGAGGGGGAGAGUUGCUUCUUUGCUCUCCUUUUCUUUUUGUUUUAUGAACAUUUUUCGCUUCCCCUAAUGAGUUUUUACUGUGUGCUUUUGAGAUGUCGACAUAAAGCCCACACGGUUUCUUUUAUCCGCUUUUAGCUCCGGCAGGGAAACUGCAAUCAGAAGGUUGUUGAAUUAACUAUCCUCCAGCCAAAUGUUACAAAAAAUAUUUCUCGUUGAUUAAGCCUGCACAUCUUCUGAAAACAAAAAAUAGCAAAUUGUUCUCUAUUUCCCGGGAAGUGAAAUGAUGGAGAGUUGGACCUCGCAGUGAAGAAGGAUGAGUUCUUGUUAUGUACCAAACGGGGCCAGCUUGGAGGAUUGCCAUUCCAAUCUAUUCUGUCUGGCUGACUUGACAGGGAUCAAAUGGAAGAGGUUUGUGUGGCAGGGUCCCACCUCUGCUCCCAUCCUCUUUCCGGUGACGGAGGAGGACCCCAUCCUGUGCAGCUUCAGCCGCUGCCUGAAGGCCGACAUACUAAGCGUAUGGCGGCGCAGUCAGCGGCCGGGGCGGAGGGAGCUCUGGCUCUUCUGGUGGGGGGACGACCCCAACUUUGCCGAUCUCAUCCACCAUGAGCUUGCAGGCGAGGAUGUAGGGUUGUGGGAGAACGGGCUUUCCUACGAGUGUCGUACACUGCUGUUCAAAGCCAUCCACAACCUGCUGGAGCGCUGCCUCAUGAACCGCAGCUUCGUCCGGAUCGGGAAGUGGUUCGUCAAACCCUACGAGAAGGAUGAGAAGCCUAUCAACAAAAGUGAACACCUAUCCUGCGCCUUCACCUUCUUCUUGCAUGGCGAGAGCAACGUUUGCACCAGUGUGGAGAUCAACCAGCACCAGCCCGUCUACCACCUGACGGAGGAGCACCUCACCCUGGCUCAGCAGGCAUCCAGCCCCUUCCAAGUUAUCCUGAGUCCUUUUGGCCUGAACGGGACACUGACAGGCCAGUCGUUCAAGAUGUCAGACCCGCCCACCCAGAAGCUGAUCGAGGAGUGGAACCAGUUCUAUCCCAUCAGCCCUAGCGCCAAGGGUGGGAUAUCAGAGGACAAGGUGGAGGACAUGGACUGGGAAGAUGACUCUCUGGCCUCUGUUGAGGUCCUCGUAGGUGGUGUGCGGAUGGUUUACCCAGCAUGCUUAGUGCUGGUUCCCCAGGCAGACAUACCUGUUGUGGCCCCUGUGGGGUCCUCCCACUGCACUGCCGUCUACCCGGGUGGCCACCAAGUGCCUGCUUCCCAGCGAGAGCCCGCCAUGUCUUUGGUGACCCUCACCCCUCCCACAUCGCCUGAGGAGGCACAGACAGUGGACUCUCACUCGGCCCAGAAGUGGGUUAAGAUGCCUUCAACAUCUGAUGCGUUCAGCGUGGACAAAACAAGUCACCACGGAGGAAAGAUUCCACGCAGGUUAUCCACUCAGGUGGUGGAGCACGUCUGGCAAGAGUGCAAUAUCAACCGAGCCCGGAACAAGCGGAAGUUCUCAGCCGCAACCAACGGUACCUGUGACGAAGAGCUGAGUGAGAAAGCGGCAGCCUGGGAUUUUGUGGAGCAUUCACAGAGGUCCUACUGCAGCUGUUCCAGAUACAAAUCAGUGAAGCAGCGAACAGGCAGUACCCCGGGCCAAACACCUACAGCAGGCCAGCCCUCCCAAACUCCCACCAAGCACAAAGCUGGGGGGGAGAAGCCAGAGAAAAGUGACAAGCAGCAGAAAAGACCCCAGACGCCCUUCCAUCAUCGCAGCAUGACCAGCGACGACGCCUCCAUGGAGGCCGAGGCCACCGCCGGUCAGAGGAUAGCCAUGAGGGGCCAGGACGGAGGGAGGUUCACUAGUAUGCGCUCUACGGAUGUGUCUGGCAUCCAAAAAAACACCCAGCUCCACGGUGGGGGGGUCAACAUAGGGCAGUCAGAACAGUCCAAUUCCCCGCAACCUCCACCUCUUAGCCCCCACCCCUGCGAGCGUGGCGAGGAAUCAGGGGAGUGCAUGAAGAACCCUUCAACCCCCAACAGCCAACACUUUUACCAGCCUCCGUCGGAACCCUGCCUCGGUGGGGGGAAGGGCGGCGGCGAGGAACCCGGAGGGCCCGAGGGUCUACAUCAGCACUUCCACACCCAUCACCCCCACCACGGGGCCUCAAACUACUCCGAUACCACUGAGCCCGCAAUGUACGUGGGCGCAGGGGUCAACCCGGAGGAAGACAGCUCACACGCACCAUGGAGGCUAUUCAAUCUGCCCCGCAGGAAAGAAGCCGAGCUGCCCACGCCACUACUGCCCUUGGACAGGCUGAGGGACGAGGCUACGGCAUCACAGGACAACCUGGUGUCGGUCACAGAGGUGAUGUCUACGACCAAAUGGCCACUGAAGGUGUCUGAAGAACGCCUUCAGCUGUACCGAGCAAGGAGGAACCAGUACCUAUCGGCUGCCAUCACAGACGGAGACCACGAGCCGGAGGUUGACCCCUACGCCUUCGAGGAAGGAGAUGUCAAGUUCACGUUCUCCAACAAGAAGGAUAAGGCAGGCGGAGAGCGUGAGCCUGGAAAGAAACAUAAGGGUGAAGAUGGAGGAUCUGGUUCGUCAGAUGAAGCUCAGCGAGCGGCGGCUCACAACCGCAUGGCUUCCACCAGCCUAAUCCACGAGACCGACCUGGCAGUGUCCAUCAACGACCUGGAACAUCUCUUCAAUUCGGACGAGGAUGAACUGGCGCCUGGCUCCAGGCGAACGGUGAACGGAACAGAUGAUAAAUUUGGCGGCAAGGAACCUAAGUCAUCCACUUUGGACCCCGUGUCCUGCAUUAGUUCAGCAGACAUGCACCAGAUGUUUCCUACGCCCCCCUCCCUCGAGCAGCACAUUAUGGGCUACUCACCCAUGAACAUGUGCAGCAAGGAGUACGGCAGCAUGGAGGCCAACUCGGGCAUGACCUCGCUGGACGGCUCGUCUCUGGGAGGACACUUCAAGAUCGAGGUGGAGGAGAGCUACUGCAGUCCCAAGCCAUCUGAGAUCAAGGACUAUUCAUUCGUGUACAAGCCAGAGCUGUGCCAGUCAUUCGUAGGCUGCUCCAUGUUCGCUCCUCUGAAGACUUUACCCAGCCAGUGCCUCCCACCUAUCAAAAUCCCAGAGGACUGCAUCUACAGACUGAGCUGGAACAUGGGCAGGGAGAUGCUCAACCCCAUCAUGCCUGUCAUGACCUUCCUCAAUAAGGACAGUAACAUCCCCAGUGUGGGCAGCACCAUGGACCAGGACUACAGCCAGACCUACACCCCUCAGACUCACACGCCUUUCAUGUCUAACAGUGCUCCACCCAGUAACAGUGGCACUGGCAUCCUGCCUUCACCCGCCACCCCUCGUUUCUCCGCCCCCACCCCAAGAACGCCACGCACCCCACGAACACCUCGAGGCCAGGGCUCAAUCAAGUACGAGAACUCAGACCUUUACUCCCCGGCAUCCACCCCCUCCACCUGCCGACCACUAAACUCGGUAGAGCCAGCCACGGUACCCUCCAUCCCUGAGGCCCACAGCCUCUACGUCACCCUCAUCCUCUCAGAGUCGGUCAUGAGCCUCUUCAAGGACUGCAACUUCGACAGCUGCUGCAUCUGUGUGUGUAACAUGAACAUAAAAGGAGCCGACGUGGGCGUGUACCUCAGCGACCCCAUCGGUGAGGCUCAGGAAGCAUGCAGCUGCGGCUUCAGCGCCGUGGUCAACCGGCGUUACGGCAACGGCUCGGGCCUCUUCCUGGAGGACGAGCUGGACAUCAUCGGCCGAGGAUCAGACGUCAGCAGGGAGGCGGAGAAGCGCUUUGAGCAGCUGCGGCUCUCCUCGCUGGAAAGAACUGGAGUAGGGAGGGGUGACCGCGUCCCGGACGAGCUCAUUCUCCUCCUGCAGGAUCAAUGCACCAACCCCUUUUCACCCAUUUCAGUCCUGGAUGAUGACAUAGUGACACGGGGGCCAAGCGGGGCCCCUGUGCCGCCCUGUGUGAGGGUGGAGGAGAGGGACUACCACAGCGACUGCUACAUGGCCCUGGAGCACGGCAGGCAGUUCAUGGACAACAUGUCUGGAGGCAAGGUGGACGAGGCGCUGGUGAAGAGCACCUGCCUGCACCACUGGGCCAAACAAAACGCAGUGGACGUCAGUGCACUGUGCUCUCAGGAUGUGCUGCGGGUGCUCAUGUCCCUGCAGCCCGUACUCCAGGACGCAAUCCAGAAGAAGAGGACGAUAAGGUCGUGGGGCGUUCAGGGUCCCCUCACCUGGCAGCAGUUCCACAAGAUGGCUGGACGGGGCUCUUACGGCACAGACGAGUCCCCGGAGCCCCUGCCCAUCCCGACCUUCCUGGUGGGGUAUGAGUACGACUUCGUGGUGCUGUCUCCCUUCGGUCUGCCCUACUGGGAGAAGCUGUUGUUGGAUCCCUUUGGCUCGCAGCGGGACGUCGGGUACCUGGUAGUCUGUCCUGACAAUGAGGCCUUGCUCAGCGGUGCCAAGAGCUUCUUCAGGGACCUCACCGCUGUCUACGAGUCAUGUCGACUGGGCCAGCACAGGCCCAUUUCCAAAGGCUACCCCGAUGGCAUCGUCCUUGUGGGCGGCAGCGGAGCCAAGAACCUUGUGGAUCAGCCGGUCAGCGAUUGGUUCCUCAAGGCUGCCAGCAGCAACAGCGACGCCUUCACUAAGCUCAAACUCUAUGCACAAGUGUGCCGACACAACCUCGCUCCAUACCUCGCCUCACAGCCAUUGGACAGUUCCCUCCUCACACAGUCCAGUCCCUCGCCCUCGUCCAACCAGUCGUCAUCCACACAACAGUCCAGCUCCACCUCAGGCUCAGUGGGCCAGCAGGGCUCCGUGAACUCUGCAGGCUCCUCAGUUCCCAACAACAACAACAGCAGCAGCAACAACAGUGGGUCUGGAAACGGCUCGGCGCCCUCCAACAGUGUGGUCCCAUCCUCAGGCCAGCCGCCUGCCAAGCCCAGCUCUUUCCCCCCCUUUGGGAGCAUGGGCCCCCAGGGCCAUGGGGGUGGACAGCUGGGACAGCAGGCUGGUACCCAGAAUACUGGCACCUCAGGGGAUAACUCAAGCAGCCAGGCCCCGGGGCCCACAGAGCCUCUUGAAAGCACUUUGGAACGAGAGAAAGUCGGCGUUCCCACGGACGGGGAGUCCCAUGCCAUCACGUAUCCACCUGCCAUCGUUGUUUACAUUGUGGACCCAUUCAGCUACGAGGAGACAGACGGGGGCCCGGGGCCGGUGCCAUCCCACUCCAGUGUGUGGACGCUGGGUUUACUACGCUGCUACCUUGAGAUGCUUCAGUUCCUGCCCCCACACAUCCGUAACUCUAUUUCAGUUCAGAUUGUCCCCUGCCAGUACCUGCUUCAGCCAGUACGAGGCGAGGAUCGUCACAUCUACGCCCAGCACCUCAAGUCUCUCGCCUUCUCCGUCUUUGCUCAGUGCAGACGGCCACUACCCAUCUCCACCAACGUCAAGUCACUGACGGGCUUCGGCCCCGGCCUGGCUAUCGACACUGCACUGAAGAGUCCCGAGAGGCCGGAAUUUCUGCGACUCUAUACACCUCCGUUCAUUCUAGCACCGACAAAGGACAAGCAGACGGAGCUCGGGGAGACAUUUGGGGAGGCGUCGCAGAAAUACAACGUGCUGUUUGUGGGAUACUGUCUGUCCCACGACCAACGCUGGCUCCUGGCUACAUGCACUGACCUGUAUGGGGAACUCCUAGAAACCUGCAUCAUCAACAUAGAUGUUCCCAACAGGGCGCGGAGGAAAAAGGGGUCUGUUCGGAGGCUCGGCCUGCAGAAGCUGUGGGAUUGGUGCUUGGGACUGGUGCAGAUGACAUCAGUCCCCUGGAGGGUGGUGAUUGGCCGACUGGGCAGGAUAGGACACGGAGAGUUAAAAGACUGGAGUAUUCUGCUGAGCAGGAGGAACCUCCAGUCCCUGAGUCGCCGUCUGAAGGAAAUGUGUCGAAUGUGUGGCAUCUCUGCCUCGGAUACUCCCAGCAUCCUCAGCGUUUGCUUGGUUGCCAUGGAGCCCCAGGGAUCAUUUAUCAUCAUGCCAGACUCAGUUUCGACGGGCUCAGUGUUUGGCCGCAGCACCACCUUAAACAUGCAGACGUCCCAGCUGAGCACCCCACAGGACACCUCUUGCACCCACAUCCUGGUCUUCCCCACAUCCGCCUUCGUCCAAGUAGCCAGCUCCAAUUACACGAACAUCGACCCUAACAUCGACAUCCUAAACGCCAACCCUGAUGGGCCCGAUGCUAUCGGGAUCUUUGACCUGCUGGACCAGGAAAAUGAUUUAGUCGACCCGGACAUCAUCAACAUCUCGCCCAACACCUCACCAGUACACUCCCCCGGCUCGCAUUACCAUCACGGGGGUGAUGGCAGUAAGGGCCAGAGUACAGACCGUAUGGAGUCUCAUGAAGAGGUUCCUAACCUCCUGCAGCAGCCCCUGGCACUUGGCUACUUUGUCUCCACGGCUAAAGCCGGCCCACUACCCGACUGGUUCUGGUCAGCCUGUCCGCAAGCUCAGAACCAGUGUCCACUCUUCCUUAAGGCCUCUUUGCACCUCCAUGUGUCUUCAGUGCAAUCAGAUGAACUACUGCACAGCAAACACUCCCACCCCCUCGACUCCAAUCAGACCUCAGAUGUACUCAGAUUUGUGCUGGAGCAGUACAACGCCCUCUCCUGGCUGACGUGUGACCCGGCCACGCAGGACCGACGAUCAUGUCUACCCAUUCACUUUGUGGUGCUCAACCAGAUGUACAACUUCAUCAUGAACAUGUUGUAGCCAACAGCCUGUUACAGGGGGGAAAUAGAUAAUAGAAACAUUUCAAAGAAGAAACCUUCAAGGGGCGUUUAAUCAAGAUUGAAGAAAGAACCAGAGCAACGUACGGAGCUGGAUCCCGCACCAAGAUGUCGGCUGUUACUGCUAAAACAGUCCUGUCCCUGUGAAUCAAAGACAUGCACACACAGUCAAGGGAAUAAAGAAGUUGAGUCGCAAUUAUUGAACGUGAAAGAAUGACAGAUGCAUGUCAUGGUAUGUAGCAUGGCAGCACAGUCACUGGCCAGUCUGUAUUCGAAGAAACAAGUCUAUCUGUAAAGUUAUUGGAAGAAAAGGGACAUAUUUGAUCAAGGAAAAAACUCAUGAAUGGAUCUUUUUUUUAAGAUCUGAAAUUCCUUUUUAUUCCUUUUGGAUGAAAUAGUAUCCAAAUAAAAUGCCUGCAUCCAUCUUAUUUAUUGUAAGUUUUUAAAUGUAUAAUUUGUCUUAUUUCCUAACCUCUUUUAUAUAUAAAAAAUGGAUAAGGUUUAUAUCACCUUCCUGCUUUAAAGCGAUUGGUCUAAGAUAUAUGUAAUCGUCUUCAUAAAAAAAACAACCAGGAAAAAAUCUCAUAAAAAUUCAAUGAAGUCCCAGUAGGUUGCUUUUAGAGUAUUAUUUUUUGUAAUGAAGACAAAAUAUUUGUAUUGUCACAAUGUACAGAUGAAUUAAGAGUGGAGAAUUAUGUUUCAUGCCUUUGAGCAUGAAGGACUUGCAGCAAAGCUGUAGCCACAGAGGACUUGUACAGCAAUGAACUUCACUGUGUUCAAAUAAAGAGGUACAUUGUUGUAUAUAGUAUUUUAUACCACACAUUUAGACACAAAACCAAACGGCAAUAUAUAUAAAUAAUUAUAUAUGAAUGCCAUGCCAGCAGUUGGUGGUGUGGCUUCUGUUUUAGGAAUAAAGUGCGUCAACUCA